UGAAAACUAUAUAUUUGGCAAGUUUGACACAUUUUGCAAGCGUCUGGAGAAGAUUACAUUCAUGAUAAACACUAUGGAAAACCUUUCAGAUCUUCAGAAUGUUAAAAUGGAGGGAUUUGACAAAAUAUAUGUGCGUUAUCAGACAAUUAUCAACAGCACAAAAUCAAAGACUUAUGAUGUGCUGGACCACAGGAAACAAGAGUUUGACAAUGAUUACAUGGAAUUUAAAUGCCAGAUAGAUGGACUUUAUCAGUCAAUGCAAACUUUCAUGGAUUCCUGGUUUGAGCAGUCCUUAACUACAGAACGUAUGCUAGACUUGCUGGGCAAAUUUGUGCGUAUUGCUGGGCCUCAAUUGGAUCUUACAGACAAGUAUUUCAUGCUUUUGCAACGAUUUGGACGAGAUUUAGAUCUUAUACGCAGAACCUACCAGAAACAAAGAGAAAAUCCACCCAUACCACGUAAUAUUCCACCUGUGUCUGGGAAGAUUAUGUGGGCCCGACAGCUAUUCAGAAAAAUAGAUAUUCCCAUGAAGUUUCUGAAAAGCAAUGUUGAAAUUUUGAAGACCCCUGAUAUGAAAAAAGUUAUCAAGAAUUAUAACAAGAUGGCAGCUGUACUUCUGGAAUUUGAGGUGUUGUAUCACAGGGGUUGGUGCCGAGCUGUUGACUUUGCUCAAAAUGGACUUCAUGCCUCACUGCUUGUGCGACAUCCUGAGACUAAG